AUGGCUUCAUCCGCUGGCCCUACGAGGGCAAAGGCAUCGUCAGGCGAUCCGCAGAGUCUGGCGAUGAAGCUGUACGAUCAGUGUCUCUCCAGCUUCUCGGCGGAUCAGCUCUUCUACCAGCAGGACCUGAUCGGGCUGGGAGUCAUACCAAACGACGACCUGGCCUUGCUCUUGAGAUGCACCCAGAUUCUUGUCGACCAGAGCUUGCUCCGUCUCCUACAGGCCAAAGAUGACCGUCUUGCUUGGAAGAUCAUUGCGCAGUCAGAUGCUGAAAAGCUGCAGAAUCUCAACGGCGAGGAGCGUCUUGUGUACAAUGUAAUCCACUCGACAGGCCGCAAUGGCAUCUGGACCAAGAUCAUCAAGACACGAACAAACCUACAUCAGACGAUUAUGAACCGAUGUCUCAAAUCUCUCGAAGCCAAGAACUACGUCAAGUCUGUCCGAAACGUCAAGUACCCUUCAAGAAAGAUAUACAUGCUAUCGGGCCUACAGCCAAGCGAGGAGAUCACUGGAGGCGCAUGGUUCACAGACGGCGUGUUGGAUGCCGACUUUAUUCGUGGCCUGAGUGGCUGGAUCGAACACUGGGUCAGCGCAAGGAGCUGGAAUGCUCCUGGAGGCGAAGAUCAGCUUAAGGGCAAGAAACGUAAGGCUCAGGCCGACGACUCAGAAACACAGUAUAUACCAUAUCUCCCAUCGUACCAGGGCCAUCCGACCACGGCUGAUAUUACAAAGGCUAUCAACGGUUCCGGGCUCACUCCCGUCACCAUGGACGAAGGAAGUAUCUCCCAGCUGCUGCAGAUGCUUUGUUAUGACGGGCGACUGGUGUCUCUUCGGGACGGGGCGGCAUACCGAAGCGUCAAGAAGCCGAAUGAGAUCUCCCUUCAGCGUGACUUGGGCCUCCAGGGACCUGAUAGUGGAGCUACCAACGAAGGACCUUCUCUUGGAUCAAAUGGCAUGACCGAAGCACCCUGUGGCCAGUGUCCGGUCUUUUCUCUCUGCCGCCCAGGAGGACCAGUCAACCCUGAAAACUGCGAGUACUUCGACGAAUGGUUAAAAAACUCUACAUUAUCCUUUUAG